AUGGCGAUCUCGUCGAGGGUUCUCCUCGCCGCCGUCGCCUUUCUGGCCGUACUGGAGCUCGGGCUCGUCUCGGCGAACUUCAAGGACCAGUGUAACAUCACGUGGGGGCCGCACAACGCCGAGUUUACGGAGGGAGGAGAACAUCUCAAGCUCUCCCUCGUCAACAAGUCCUCAGGUUCUAUGGUGACGACCUUGAAGUCCUUCAUCUAUGGCAGCGUCUCCACCAGGAUCAUGCUGGUCAAGGGCAACUCGGCCGGCACCGUCACCACCUACUACACGUCGUCCACUGGCAACUUUAGUCUUCACGACGAGAUCGACUUCGAGUUCCUGGGCAACUCGUCCGGCGACCCCUACACCCUCCACACCAAUGUGUUCGCCGACGGCGUGGGCGCCCGGGAGAUUCAGUUCAAGCCCUGGUUCGACCCCACCGCCGACUACCACAACUACACCAUCUUCUGGAACCCCUGCAUGAUCGUGUGGUACGUGGACAGCUUCCCCAUCCGCGUCUUCCGCAACUACACGGGUCUGCCGUUCCCGACGAGGAAGCCGAUGUUCGCCUACUCCAGCAUCUGGAACGCGGACGACUGGGCCACGCAGGGCGGCGCGGUGAAGGCGGACUGGACGCAGGCCCCCUUCUCCGCCGAGUACCGCGACCUCGACCUCCAGACCUGCGAGUGCGCCGCCGGCGCCUCCGACGACGCAUGCGCCGACAGCUGCGCGUCGUCCAAGUACGCGGUCGAGCCACGGUGCGAGCUCACCGACAAGGAGAAGCGCCAGAUGAAGGCCCUGCAGCUGGGAUACACCAUCUACAACUACUGCGACAAAGCAAGGACCAACGUCGCCAAGGAUCCCGCUACCGCCGACCCCGUACCGCCCGAGUGCGACUUGGACGACAAACAGGACCAGGGCCAGUACUGA